UGAGAAGAACUGCUCUCAAUUACAAUAUUUGGAAUUUGGAAAUGUGAGUACUUUAUAUCAUAAAACAAUGAAGUCAAUUUUACUCCAAAAUUUGGUAUAUACUGUACCUAUAAAUGUCAAAAGCAGAGAAAUUGAUCUUUUUGAUGUGGUUUCCAGAGCUGUAUCGCUGCAUAGUAUUUUUUUCUUUUCAUGAAUUUAGGAUGGCCUAAGGACGUCUUUAUGAAAGAAACUGUAAGGGUGCGGAGAGGUCCAGAUUUAAGGAAUUACAUUUUAAAAUUUUGUAUACACAAACUUUUCUUGGCAAGGGGCAUCAAUCAUGUACUUUGCUUAACACUCAAAAGACACAAUUGGCAUACACAAGAGCAGCUGUUAGCCACAGCUCACACUGAGACACUCACACGCAGACUCGCCAACAUCCCACGCCAUUCCACCAGGUCCCGCCUUUUAAAAAGGUACACAGCGACGCCAGAUUACAAUUGGUGUGGUAUUUUGUAAAGAUUUUAUACUUGCGUUGUUUUUGCAUUCAAAUACAGUUACACAAUGUUUUCAAAGCCUGUUUUAUGAAUUUCAAACGUUUUUAAAGUGUGUCAAAGAGUAAAAUUGUAGUAAUUUUUUUUUUUUUAUUAUUUGUAAUGUCUCUCUACAUGGCAUCUUUUCACAUAAAACGAGUGGCUCUGGAAUGCAUCCCCCGCGAUGAAUGUGGGGGUCACGGUAUUAAGUAAUUCUCCAGAAAAAGGCCACGAUUUAAUAACGUUUUUAAUUUUAGCAUCCGCUCCCUCCCCCUCUCGCUCAGCAUUGUGAGUGCCCCCCGCCCCAGGCUUACCGGCCCCCCAACUCCUCCUUUAUACCUUUUUUUUUUGGGUGGAAAAUGAUACGGAGGACGCAGAUGUUGCUUCUAAACUGACCAAUGGUGAGCAGAGAGGGGCCGGAUUGGCGAGCGCCCACGUCGCUCCAUCUUUUUAAAAACCACCGGCCUCACGCCUCCGACUGGACAACUGCGGCCCGAGCGGCGACAACACCUCAGCAAUCUCACACACCUGAAGGAACCAGGGACCGGUUCACUCCGUUGUGCUUUUUGAGUGACAGAGCGGCACCAUGUCGGGAUUAAAAACAGCGGCCUUCCUGCUUGCUUUCCUGGCUUCUGCGGCUCUGGGCCAAGAAUUACGAAGGGAGAGCGCAUCAGUCAGGAGCAGGAGAGCAACGCCAAACGGUUUUGCAGAUACGCGAACGACAGGUCUGACAGAGUGGACGUCAUGGUUCAACAUUGACCACCCAGGUGGGAACGGGGAUUACGAGCGCCUUGAGGCCAUCCGCUUCUAUUACCGGGAGAGAGUGUGCUCGAGACCCACAGCGAUGGAGGCUCGCACCACAGAUUGGGUUGCUGCGGCAGAAACGGGAGAAGUAGUCCACUCCAGUCUGGAGAAGGGCUUCUGGUGCAUCAACAAGGAGCAACCCUACGGACGCACCUGCUCCAACUACCAUGUCCGCUUUCAGUGCCCCCCAGAGCAGAGUUUCUGGACCGAGUGGGGCGAGUGGGGUCCAUGCACGACAACCGUUUGCAGCGAUGUGGGCAUCCAGGUCCGCCAGAGGAGCUGCAUGAGCACGCAGCCAAUGCCUUUGCUCUUGGUUCCUGCCUGCCAGGGCCACCAUUCAGAGAGGAGGGAGUGCUCCACCCCUCCAUGUACAGCCAAGUGGAGUCCAUGGGGUCGCUGGGGGUCUUGCUCCGUGACAUGUGGCGGGGGUCGGAGGAUCCGAAGGAGGACUUGCGUGAGGACCUCGGAGACAGUACAGUGCACCGGACGCCCCACUGAAACUCAAAAGUGUGGCAAGAGUACAUGUCCAGUCAAAUGUCAGCGCGUUUGCGCCGAGGGCCGCCCAGAUGAAGAUUGCAGCCGCUGCGUGUGUGAUGGCCACGUUCUGCACGGCAACGUCCACAGCGUGACGGGGGUCCCUGUGGCGGGGGCCUUGGUGGCAUUUGCCAGCCGUCCCAAAGUCAUCCGUGCCCGGACGGAUGCCAAAGGCCACUUCAGGCUGCAGGGAAUCUGCUCGUCCAACGUCACUUCGCUUAUCAUCAGGAAGGAUAAGUUUGCCCCCGUUACUGUCUCCUCCAGCAGUAACAGCACCGGCCUUUCCUGGGUGUCUGCUGUGCUCAGAUCAGCUGAGAAACCCUACAUUGUGAAGCACCCCGAGGACAAGGUGCGUUACGAGGGCGGCCGUGUGCUGCUGUGUUGCAAAGCGACAGGAUCUCCAGCACCUGAUAAAUACUACUGGUACCACAACGACACCCUGCUGGACCGAAAAUUGUACAAGUACCAAGAAGAGCUUGUACUGAAAGAUCUGAAGCCGGAGCAGGCUGGACAGUAUUAUUGCAAAACCAGCAGCUCUGCAGGCAGCAUUAAGUCCUCCCCAGCAUCCCUCACUGUCAUUGCAAAAGGAGCGCCAGCGUGCAAUUCCACCCCUGAGGCACAUCUGAUCAGACUGCCGCUGGAUUGCGUACAACCCGGGACGAACUCCAAGUUUUACAACGCUGGCCGCUGCCCUCAUAACAAAUGCGCCGGCUCUCUGGACUUUGAUAUGCGCUGCAGAGAUGGCGGCGGAUUUUGUUGUGGUGUCCAAGCGAUGGAAACUCGGACUAUUGACUGCGGGAGCUACAGCCUUCCGAUCCGGUCCGUAUCCCAGUGCAGCUGUCAGAAGUGUGUGCAGCCAACUGUGCUUGUGCGAGGCAGAGUGGUCACGGCCGACAAUGGUGAGCCGCUGCGGUUUGGUCACAUCUACAUCGGCAAAGAGAGGGCCGGCACCACUGGAUACCAGGGAGGUUUCACCAUACAGGUUACUCCCGACACACAGAGAUUGGUGGUGAAUUUUGUUGACCCCGCUCAGAAAUUCAUUGACACGCCAAAGGUCUUCAUUUUGGACAAGAAGGGCGGGUCGAUCUACCAUGAUGUGAAGGUCAUGAGGAAGCAGGCACCAAUUGAUAUAGAUUCUGGUGAGACCAAUGCUAUUAACCUGGGAGAAAUGAAAGGGGAAGACCCGAUUGGGCAGUUGGUCAUUCCAGCCAAUUCCUUCCACAAAGACAAUGGAGACAUUUAUGAGGGAACCGUAAAGGCCAGUGUCACUUUCAUAGACCCCAGAAACAUCACCACGGCUUCUGCCACCCCUGGCGACCUCAAUUUUGUGGACCCCGAGGGUGACAUGCUCCCUCUGAGGACCUACGGCAUGUUCUCUGUCGACUUCCGUGACGAGAGCAACAAGGAGGUGCUCGGGGCCGGAGCGGUCCAAGUCCUUCUUGACACACAACAUGUCAAAAUGCAAGAGCACAUUCCCAAAAUGAAACUCUGGUCUUUAAAUCCCGACACGGGAGUCUGGGAAGAGGAAGGCGACUUCUCGAGCACAACAACUACAGGUGGGCACGGACGGAGCAAACGUGAGGACCGCACCUUUCUCAUAGGCAACAUGGAGAUUAGAGAGCGUAGGCUCUUCAAUUUGGACGUGCCUGAAAACAGACGCUGCUACGUCAAAGUCCGAGCCUACAUGAGUGACAAGUUUCUCGCUGUCGAACAGCUGGAAGGCGUCGUCAUCAGCCUGAUCAACCUCGAACCCAAGCCAGGAUAUUCCGCCAAUCCAAGGGCAUGGGGUCGCUUUGACAGCGUCAUAACCGGCCACAACGGGGCCUGUUUGCCUGCUUUCUGUGACGCCCAGAGGCCGGAUGCUUACACCGCAUAUGUCACAGCGAUGAUGGGUGGUGAGGAACUGGAAGCAGCUCCUUCUUCCCCGAAGAUGAAUCCAAACAUCAUCGGUGUGUCUCAGCCAUAUCUGGAUAAAAUAGACUACCAGCGCUCAGACCACGAAGAUCCAGCCCUGAAGAAAACAGCUUUUAGAAUCAAUUUGCCGAAGCCCAACCAAAAUAAUCUCGAUGAAACCAAUGGGCCCAUUUAUCCGUACCAGAAUUUAAUAGCCUGCGAAAAUGCACCCGUGGAUGCAAAUCAUUUCAGAUUCUUUAGAGUGGAGAAGGACAAGUACGAAUACAACGUGGUACCCUUUGAGGAGACGGAUCUGACAACCUGGACGGGAGACUACCUCUCAUGGUGGCCGAACCCUCAAGAGUUCAGAGCAUGUUUUAUCAAAGUCAAGGUCCACGGACAGAAGGAAGUGAUGGUCAGGUCGAGAAACCUGGGAGGAUCGCACCCAGAGACAAUCGACAAACUUUAUGGCAUCCGAGAUAUACGCAGCACUCGGGAUAUGCGAGAGGCCAACACUUCGGCAGCUUGUGUUGAGUUCAAAUGCAGCGGCAUGUUGUUCGAUCAAGCCGAGGUGGAUAGAUCCCUCAUCUCAAUCAUUCCACAAGGGAACUGUCGCAGGAUCGCUACCAACAGCCUACUACAGGAGUACCUCAUCAAACACCCCCCCGUUGCGCUAAGCAACGACUCUCAUGCCUUCACUAUGUUAGCCCCUGUGGAUCCUCUGGGACAUAAUUAUGGCAUAUACACGGUCACGGACCAGAAUCCCAGGGUUGCUAAAGAAAUCGCCAUCGGCCGCUGCUUUGACGGUACCUCGGACGGUUUCUCCAGAGAGAUGAAGUCCGACUCGGGAGUGGCUUUGACUUUCAGCUGUCCAGAGAGGAAAAUCAACAGAGAAAGCCUCUUCCAACGGCUGCAGACCAACCCGGGACUGACACUGUCACAGAUGGCGAGGGAUAUGAGGCAGAUGGAAGGUAUGCAGGUGCAGAGGUCAUCCACUCGAGUAGUGGCCUAUCCCUCCGAGCAACAGGGCAGGACCCAGGGUCGUCGGGUUGUCACUACGAGCAGGAGGAGGACAGUUGCGCGCAUGCAACAACGCCAGUGAGAGAGUCCAGAGACCUUCGCUUGAGGCGACUCGCAUCGUGGGAGUAAAACCUGACAAUCAGCUCAAUGAACUUCCACUCUACUGUGGAAAUCACCACACCCAGACAAACAGCAAAAUGUUGAGCCUGGCUGAAGAUAUACAAUAAUCUUUAUGUUGUACUUGAAGGGUUUGCUAUAUUAUUUUUUUUUUCUCCUGUACCGUCCCUCCUGAAAGACCUCCCUCCAUCCUGUGGCUAUAUGGAAAGCAGUAAGUGGCAUGUAUCUAAAAGUUCUGGUCACAUUUUUUGUCUGAAAGUCGUAUUUGACUUUCCAGAAUGUACAUUCUGUAGUGCUAAUUUGUGGUAUUCGGUGGUGGCACCCAAUCAAUGUAAAAACUGUUUUCCAGUGAGCGUCUGUAAAAGUUGCAGACGCUGAACCCUCUCUCUUCAAACUGAGAGGAUCAAAAGAGAGCGACUGAACCCCCCGUUAGGUCACAGAGGACAUUUUCAGACAUUUAUCUUAAUGUUGUGCAUGGAUACGUCACUUGGUCGGCUGAGAUUCAGCAAUACAAAUGUCCAUUUAAAGCAAACUGGCAUCAUGGCGUGACUUGACACAUUUGCUGAUAUGUCACCUAAAAAAAAAAAAAAACGUACGUAAUUGCUCGGGGUCAAGAUUGAAUUUUUGUUCAGCUGUUCUGUUUGUCAUGAUGCUGUGCAAUGAGAACAUCGUAUAAUGUUACUAAAGGAGCUCUUUUUUUGUUUUGUUUUUUUUAAAC